AUGGAGAAACAGACCAGGCUCAGUGACUUGCCAGAUGAAUUGCUCUUGAAGAUAUUGUCAGCACUUCCUAUGUUUAAAGUGACUUUAGCCACACGUCUCAUAUCAAGACGUUGGAAAGGUCCUUGGAAACUGGUGCCGGAUGUCACGUUUGAUGAUGAUGAUAUACCAUUUAAGAGUUUUGAAACUUUUAUGAGUUUUGUUUAUGGAUCUUUCUUGUCUAACGAUGCUCAAAUUCUAGACAGAUUGCAUCUCAAGCUUAACCAAAAGUAUUCUGCUUCGGACAUCAAUUUUUGGGUUCAAGUCGCGGUUAACCGAUCUGUGAGAGAGCUGAGAAUCGACUUGUUUGGCAAAACCCUAGAAUUGCCGUGUUGUUUGUGUUCUUGUAUAACACUAAAAGAAUUGACUCUACAUGAUUUAUGUAUCAAGGUUGUCCCGGCUUGGUUUCGCUUGCCAUCACUCAAAACGUUGCACCUUUUGUCGGUUAAGUUCUCGAGUGACGGAUUUGUUGCAAGUAUUUUAAGAAUUUGCCCUGUUCUUGAACGUUUGGUUGUAGACGGAACCAAAGGUGUCAAUGUGAAGAUACCCAAUAUGGAUGUGCCUAAUUUGAGGAGCUUAUCUUUUCGAUCUACGGGAGAGCUGAGAAUUGAGUUGCUUCGCAAAACCCUAGGAUUGCCAACUUGCUUGAGUAGUUUCAGAAACCUAACAGAAUUGAUACUCCAUGGAUUAGGUAUCAAGGGUUUUCCGCCUUGUUUUCGUUUUGCAUCACUCAAAACGUUGCGCCUCUCGUCGGUUAAGUUAUCUGUUGCAAGUCUUUUAAAAAUUUGCCCUGUUCUUGAAUGUUUGAUUGUAGAGAAUGUGAUGAUACCCAAUAUCUAUGUGCCUUCUCUGAGGAGCUUAUCUAUUCGAUCCUCGAGAGAGCUGAGGAUCGACUUGUCUUUGAAAACUUUCAGAACCCUAAAAGAAUUGAUACUUCAUGAAUUAAGUAUCAAGGUUGUUCCUCCUUCAUUUAGUUUGCCAUCACUCGAAGCGUUGCACCUUCUAUCCGUUAAGUUCUUUGGCGAUGAAUCUGUUGCAAGUCUUUUAAAAAUCUGCCCUGUUCUUGAACAUUUGGUUGUAGACCAAAUCAAAAAUGAGAACGUGAUGAUAACCAAUAUUGAUGUGCCUACUUUGAGGAACUUAUCUAUUAGGAACUCGAAAGGAAAAGGCACAUACGUUGAGGGAAGUAAAGGAUUUGUGAUCAAAGCUCCUUCAUUGACAGAUUUGAACUUUGAGGAUACAUUGAGUAACUUUCUUAUGUUUGAACCUAUGCCUGAGGUGAUCAAAGCGGAUAUUCAGGUUAUUUGUGACCAAUCUAAGAACUUCAUAGGGUCUCUUACCUCAAUCCAACAUCUUUCUCUUUGUUCUCUAACUUCAAAGACUCCAUAUCCUGCAUGCACUGUUUUCUCCUCUCUUAAAUAUCUAGAGCUAUGUACUUGUUCUGCGAGAUGGGCAAAUCUAUUUGCUUGUAUACUCAACGCCGCUCCAGAACUUCGAUCUCUCAAGCUUAAGUCGAAACAUAAAUUCAAUUACAAUGAUCCGAUGACCCUCUGGGAAGAACCAGCAGUUGUUGCUAAAUGUUUAUCGGAGCAUCUCGAGAUCUUUGAAUGGAGACAAUAUGAAGGCACAGAGCAAGAGAGGAAUGUGGCAGGCUACAUUCUAGCAAACGCUACAUGUCUAAAGAUGGCGACGUUCUCGACAAGAUGCAGAAACAGAAAUCAUCGCAUGUUAAAGAAGUUAAAGUCCAUGGACAGAGUUUCAAAGGCAUGUCGGCUUGUGUUUGACUAA